ACCACUGAACACGUUACAUGAGCAUAAUCAUGGCACGUGUAUGGAAGUGUUCCCUUCCAACAUUUUUAACAUCACUCAUCGAUGGUAGCAAUUUGUAAUAUUUUAUUAAAUUUAGAGGAUAAUUUGUCAUAAUUAAAAGUCCAAAGGACAACAUGUAGAUUUUUAGUAAUUAAGGGGGCAAAAGCAGAAACAACCGUUUUCUUUUUAAUCUUUUCUCUUUGUUUAUAUUCAUGCAUAUAUCUUCUUUCCCGCGUUUAAACAUACUUUUAUUAAAGCUUUCGAAAGAUGGAGAGAGAGAGAAAAAAAAAGGGGAAAAAUAUGGACAGAGAGAGAGAAACACGCUCAUUAUAAAAAGCCAGAAACAAGAAACAAAAAGAAUUUCACCUCCUCCAUUAAUGGCCUCGAUCUAAGAGUCUAAAGCAUCAUACUUCACUUUUUCCUUUCGCUUUUUCUUCAACACGCUCAUUAUAGUCUCCAAUAUUCCCAUAUGGAUUCAGUUAAGCCCUCAGCUGUUAGUACUCCACACAAGAGCAAAUUGGCAAGAACUAUUGCCAAAGUUCUUCACCUCAGAGCAGCAACUGGGAUUGCCCCUGUUGAUGGGAUUCAUCAGAAGCUGAAGAAGUCCCAAGAAUUCGGGAAUGUUCAUCACAAAGUGAGCAACACCAAGUUCCAAGACAAGCUCAAGGACGAGUAUGACGACCACCGGAACAACAAAAACAUCGGUCUCGAUGAUGAUGAAGAGCUCGAGGAGAGAAUCGCCAUGGAAGCUCUUCUUGCCAAGCUGUUUGCGAGCAUUUCCACGGUUAAAUCCGCCUAUGCGCAGCUGCAGUUUUCGCAGUCUCCUUAUGACUCGGACGGGAUUCAGUCCGCGGAUAGAACGGUCAUCUCAGAGCUGAAGAGGUUGUCGGAGGUGAAAAGGUGUUACUUGAAGAAACAGUUUGAUCCUUCGCCUGAGAAGGCGCUGAUUGCGGCGGAAAUUCAAGAGCAGAAGAGCUUGUUGAAGACUUAUGAGAUCACGGGGAAGAAAUUGGAGUCUCAAGUGAGAUUGAAAGAGUCUGAAGUUUUGUUUCUUAGAGAGAAAUUGGAUGAAGCAAAUAAACAGAAUAAGCUGUUUGGGAAGACGUUGAAUCAAAGUGGGCAAUUGCUAUCUGUUCUUGACAAUCUCCAUCUAUCUGGACUAAGUCCUGGACAUUUCAUCACGGUUCUUCGUCACGCCAUUCGAUCGAUUCGAAGCUUCGUGAGGCUGGUGGUGGAGGAGAUGAAAUCCGCCGAUUGGGAUUUGGACGCUGCGGCAUACGCCAUUCAACCGGACGUGGUUUACUGGAGAGAAGAGCACAAGUGUUUCGCAUUCGAAUCGUUUGUUUCCCGGGAAAUGUUCGACUGUUUCUGUUACCCUAAUUUCCAUCUUCAGAAAGAGCCUUCUUCUUCGGUAGACAAGAGGAAACAGAGAGAGAAGUUCUUCGCCAGAUUCAUGGAACUGAAGUCUGUGAAGACAAAGGACUAUCUUCUCGCGAAGCCCAGAUCAGCAUUUGCGAAUUUCUGUCGGGUCAAGUACUUGAAACUGGUGCAUCCCAAGAUGGAACAUUCAUUCUUCGGCAAUCUAAACCAAAGAAACCUUGUCCACGCCGGUGAAAUCUCAACCGUUUGUUCCUCGAGCUUCUUCGUUUCAUUUGCAGAAAUGGCGAAGAGGGUGUGGCUCCUGCAUUGCAUGGCCUUCUCUUUCGAUCCCGAAGCCUUGAUCUUUCAAAUUCCGAAGGGGUGUCGAUUUUCGGAAGUCUACAUGGAAAGCAUAGCAGAGGAAGCUUUCCCUUCACUAGACAACAGCAGCAGUAACAACAACUACGGUGUAGUGGAAUCUGAUUCACAAGUAGCUUUCACUGUCAUUCCUGGUUUCAGGAUAGGAAAAACUGUUAUCCAGAGCAAGGUUUACUUGUCUCAAAUCCAACACAGAACAGAACACAGCCGUUGAUCGAUCAUCGGACGGAGGAUGAGCGACCGUCCCAAGGAGCUUUCGGGCCCCACAAGUGAACUGGACGCAAUUGGUGUUGGAUCUGAUUGAGCUUGGAAGUAGUGGAAGAAACGACACUGGAAGUUUUGUUUAGUGUUUUGUGGGGACUCACAAAGCUGGUCAUUUUAUCCGGGCAAUCUUCGUCCUUUAGCUUUUUGGGGUCAUUCUGGAAAAAAAAAAAAAAAAAAAAAAAAAAAA